GCUUAAUUGACAAGCACAAGAAAGACUAAUCAAAGAAACUGCAGAUGUAUAUAUUUGUAUAAAUAAACAUAAAUGCAUAAUUGCAGGAAAAAGAAUGUUACUGCAAAUGUCAAUGUAAUGCCCAGUUAGGAACUCGCUUGUGAUACAACCAAGGCAGUCACUUGUCAUGUCGUCUUAAUUUGGUCAUUCUCUUUUAGGGUUUAGAAAAAGAAAUGAUCUCUUUUGAUUAUUAUUAUUUAUCCCUUUUCAUCCCCCUUUUAUUUUAUUAUUUAUACAAUGUCAAUUUCACCUUCAAAACAAGCUGCCAUUACUGCAUAUCGACAUCUUUUAAAAACACAACGUCAAGUGUUUACAGAUGAUGUGAAAGCUAUACAAGCUGCAAGAAAAGAAACGCAUUUAAGGUUUAUGCAAUACAAGAACGAGACAAAUGUUGAUGUUUUGGAUGAAAAACUGAAAUUAGCAGAUCAAGUGUGUGCUUUGCUAAGAGAGAAGGGUGUAAAAGCAAUAAGAGAAGAAGGAAGUUCAAAACUGUUUAUCAAAGGCAAAAAAGACAAUAUCAAAUUUGGAGAUGUACCAAGACAUGUAAAAUAACAUUUCUCAAUGCAUUUCUUGUUCCUGAACAAGUGUCACACAAACAAUGUGCAUAAACUAUAAAAUAAAAAAGUAAAUUGACCUCAUACAGGGUUCUACUUGAUCUAAGAAAGGCCUUUACUG